AUGCCUAAGUCGGAGCGACCCGUCUCGGGCUUGGUCAACCUGCUCAUCGACGCCGCGCACAAAAAGCACGAGAACCGAAACGUCCCUCACCCAGCGACGCCCGCCUACACGCUCUUUGCGCAGCGGUUGCCAACUUGCAGCGGCGCUGGCACCACAGCCGGACAUAGCGGCGCUAGCGGUAGCGGUAGCGGUGGCAGCCGCAGCAGCAGCGGCGGAAAGCCCCGCACUAGCGGCACCGGCACCGGCACCGGCGCAGCUCCCCCCAUCAACCUGGAUGCUUGCCGACGAUCCCCGGGAAACACCGGGUUUGCAGCUCACAGCGCGACAACCGUGUACGCCUGGGAGGAGCGCUCGCCACGUCGCAGUGGCGGCGGCUCCCCGCGCGGCAACGGCGGCGGCGCUGCAGCUACUGCUUCUCCGUCUCCUCUAGGGACCGGCAUGGGGUCGCGGGGACCUUCACCCCUCGGCCGCACAGCACCCGCCGCCAUAAUGACGGCGCCAGCCGCCGGUAGGCGGGCCCUUCAUGACGUGUUGAUGGAGGAGGAUAGGGCCCAGCGGGGCAGUCUGCUGGGGGCAGCACCCCAGAUGCGGAUGCUGGGUGCAGAAGCGGAGGCUGCACCAACACCAAGUUUGACAAACCUUUUCCGUUAUUUACAGGUGGUCUGCCUGUACGACAGUAAUUUCCAAGCCGCCAAUUCCAAGGGCCAACACGGCGUACCGCUCCGGGCGACGGCAAAGCGGCAAGGCAUCGGGCCCAUUUCGUAUCUCUACAGGUGGUACUGCAAGCGGGGAACCCAGUUUCGGAGCGCCGUCACGGCAGUCGACGUUCCAGACGCCCCUGCAAGGCCCUCUACGGAGGAGCCGUGGCGCGCCGUAGACACCGCCGCGGCCGCUAGCUCCACCUCCGCCUCCGCCUCCGGCCGCUCCAACAGCAGCAGCAGCAGCAGCACAGCGCAGCAGCGCCACAAUACCGGCGGCGGCGCCGCCGCCGUCGCCUCCGCCAGCUGCGCCGCCGUCGUUGCAGAAAUGCCUGCCUGGCUCCGUAAAGCAACGACACAGCGGGCUCAUAGCGGCCCCGGCAUUUUCCACGACAGCGCUGACGGCGGCGGCGGCGCUGCCGCUGCUGUUGCCAGGUCUUCGUUUGAUGGUUAUGAGAAGGUUCCGACGACCAGCGGCCGGCGUAUGAAUUACACGGCGGAUCCGUUGAUGUCGCUAUCAGAGCUGGUUGACAUGCUGGAGGACUUGGAGGUGAUACCGGGUUGUUGUUGUUGGUGGGGAGGUGGGGAGGUGGUGGGUGUGGGUGGGGAGGUCGUACCGCAUAUGGCAUCGCGCACAGACGUGGCCAAAAUCUUCAAUGCCGCGCGCCAAGCCUUUGCCUCAGCUACCGCUACCCCUACUGCCACCAACGCGGCCGGCCAUUCCGCAGAUAGUGCUACAGCCGCUACCGCAGUAGCGGCAGCAGCAGCCCGCACCACUCCCCCGCGUCCUCCUCAUCCUCCUCAUCCUGCUGCUGCUGCUGCUGCUGGCGGCCGGGGGCAGCAAAUUUCGGUACCGGCGAUUAAGCUUCUUCAGCAACAACAGCAGCGGCCGGCUAGUGCUGUCGUACAUUAUGCCACUGGGAAUAAUAACAGAAACAACACUGCAACCCAGGCUAAUGCCCUGGACCCUUGGGCAAGUGGAUUUAACACCCUGAGCGGGAUUAGCAGCAUCAUGGACAUGGCUAUGGCGGCGGCGGCGGCGGCGGCGGCGACCUCUGGGCCGAAUGUCCCCCGCCCCACGUCGGCGCCGCGAGUUCUCCUGAGCAGGCCUGGAGGGGGAGGUGGCGGCGGCACCGCCGCCGCCGCUGCCGCCACCGCUGGCGCAACUACCGGCGGCGCCGCCAACGUCAUCCCGCGGACCCAGCCUCACCCAGACGAUAUCCGCUUCCCCGUCUUCAAGGACAUACUUGUACGGCUGGCAGUAGCUAUUGCUUGCAAUGAGCCGCUGACGCCAGCCGGCGGCGUCGCGGCAUCCGCCGCCGCAGCAAAGCCGGCGGCGGCGGCGGCAGUCGGGGCGACGUUCCCUGGUACGGCAUCCAUCGGGUCUUUGGCGUCGCGAGGUUUAAAUCCUCUCCCGAGCAGCAGCUGCAACGGCGGCGCUGCCGCCGUCGCCGCCGAUGCUGCCAGCAGCCCCAACACCUUUGGCCUGCCGUACGGCUCCGGCCGUACAAUGUCCAAGGAGGAUGCAACGUUGGCUGUACGGCGCCUACUGGAGCGGAUGCAGUUGUACCGCAGUGACGUACGCAUACUGAAGCACCGUUUGGACGAGCUAGCACGAUUAGCGAAAGAGCAUGGAAUUCGGGUGCGCGACAACCGAUUCCGUUGUGUUGCUGUUUCGGUCGUUGACGUGGCGCAGGACAUCCCGGUAGCGAUUGGCGUGACGGCGCCGCCGCCGCCCGCAAGGCCCGGUCUACCUGGCCGGGUGCUGGCGCCUUGGAGCGUGCUGGCGGCGACGCCAGCGCCGUCGUACUUGUCCGCCGUCGUGACGGAGGAGGAUCAAGAAGAUCCGCUGUAUCAGCCGGCAUGGCGGGAGUUUGGGGCUGUAGCACUGGACCUGGGAGUGCUACAACCUGGCGAGCUCCGUCGAUGCAGACUACUGCUGCACUGCAGAGGGCCUUAUACGCUUUCCGUUCGCAUUGACACGACGAAUGCACCCUUUUGCGACGUAACGCAUGUCGGGCUGCAUUCCAUUCCCCCGGGUUUGAAUUUUCGGGUCGACAUGUCGAUACAAAUUUACGACAUUGGUAAAGUUGCGGGCGAAUUGCGCCUAAUUUACAAUUCAACACAAGAUCGACGGGAGCGGGAAGUUGUAGUACCGGUGUACGGCAUGGUGUAUCCGACGGCGAGUACUGACGCAACUGUCGACAUUAAUGGUCGUUCUUGGCCAAGGUCGACUUCGGAGCGGGGAGUGAUGGCGGCCAAGCUGGCACGGCAGCGGACGCCGGCGGCGGCAGCGGCACUGGCGGUACCCAUGGUUCCACCCUUGCGGGGCCCGCCGUCGCCGUCGCCGUCGGCAUCAUCACCGUCAGGAUCGUCGUGCUCGACGGGGUACGACAACAGCAACAGAUGCACAGGCAUGGCAUUGCAUAAGACACACGAUGCUGUACGGCGGCCAGAGGGCUCUGCGGCAGCGGCAGCAGUGCCGGCGGCGGUGGCAGAAGACAGCUGUGCGGAUAGUCGCAGCGGCGGCGGAUGGCCAGGCAGUCACGGCAGUACGGGCAGCGGUGGCGACGGCGAAACCGACGCACGUGGCACUGACGGCAGCGGCGGUGUUGGCGGCACCAGCACCGCCGGCGUCAGCACAUUGCCAGUAGACAGCUGCAUUGCCGCCUCUGCCGCCGCCGCGGGUGCCGCUGACGGGGGUACUGUUGCCCAACAUCCCGCCAUCCGCCAGGCGAAGGCCAGCGGCAGUGGCAACGGCGACGGAGCUGUGGAUGACCGCCCGCUGACGCUACUGUACAGCUGUAUCCCCUGCUGGGAAGCUCCGUCCUGUUUAUUGACACUGCUGCUGAAGGGCUUUUAG